AUGCAGUAUCUGAAAGAUAAAAGUCGACAAUAUGUAUAUAAAGUAUAUGCUAAAAUAUUAAAGGAGGAUGCUCCGGUAAUAACAAAUAGAAAAGAAAGAAUUAAAAAGCAUUUGCAAGAAUGUGAACAUUUUUGGAAUAAGCACGGUAAAAAAGCCACUGAAGAUAUAUUAAAAAAUUGUGCUAGUGAAGAAGAAAUAGAAGAAAUAGAAGUAUCUUCACAAAAUAAUUAG